AUGACGGAACUUAGUUCUCAAACAAAAAUUCUUAGCUCUACCUCUUUCAAAGUCAAUGAUCAUGUGGAAACCCUUCUCUUCCCAUUAAUGACAACACUUGACUUGAUUGAUAAAGAAACCGAGACAAAUGCUCUUCUCAUUUGGAAAGCCAGUCUUCAAAAUAAAAACCAAUCACUCCUGCCUUCAUGGACUCUCCUUCCUAAAAAUAAUGCAACCAAUUCUUCCAGCAAUCAAAAUGCAAGCUCAAAUCCAUGCAGUUGGUUCGGUGUUUCUUGCAACCAUGCAGGAAGUGUUAUUAGAUUAAACUUGACUAACUCAGGCCUGAAAGGUACUCUCCAUGAAUUUUCAUUCCUGUCACUCCCUAACCUUUCAUUUGUUGACCUCAGCAUGAAUGAACUCUUUAAUACAAUUCCUAUUGAUAUUAGUUACCUGUCUAAACUCAAAUAUCUUGAUCUAUCCUUUAAUAACUUAUCGGGGAAAAUCCCACCCCAGAUUGGCCUACUGGUCAACCUUGAGGUCUUGCACCUCGCUAAAAAUCAGUUAAGUGGCUCAAUUCCUCCAGAAAUAGGUCAUUUAAAGUCCCUUAAUGACCUUUCUUUGUAUGCCAACAAUUUCUGUGGAUGCAUUCCAGCUUCAUUAGCUAACAUUGUUGCAUAUGAACCAAAACAGCUCUCUGGCUCCAUCCCCCUAGAAAUUGGAAAUUUAAAGUCUCUCAUAUUCUUAAGCCUUGAAACAAAUCAUCUUUCUGGCUUAAUUCCCGCAUCUUUAGGUUCUCUUAGAAACUUGACUGUUUUACACCUGUACAACAAUCAACUUUCUGGUACCAUUCCUGAAGAAUUAGGAAACUUGACAUCCAUAAUUGAUCUUGAACUGAGUAGAAAUCAGUUGAAUGGUACUAUUCCAAUUUCCUUUGGUAGGUUGAGUGGCUUAAAAGCUUUAUUCCUCCGUGAUAACCAACUUUCUGGUCCCAUUCCACAAGGGAUCGGGAACUUAAUGAAGUUGACUGCCCUAUUGCUGGAUGCCAACCACUUCACUAGCUUUUUGCUUCAAAACUUAUGCCAAAGUGGGUCUCUCCAAUUACUUAGGGUAGACAACAACCAUCUCAUAGGUCCAAUACCAAAAACCUUGAGAAAUUGCACAAACUUAAUUAGAGUCCACCUUGAAGGAAACCAACUCUUUGGAAAUAUAUCUGAAGAUUUUGGUGUCUACAAAAACUUACAGUACAUGGACCUAAGUUACAAUCGAUUUUCUGGUGAAAUCUCACACAAUUGGGGCAAGUGCACACAACUAACCAGUCUAAAGAUUGCUGGUAACAAUAUUUCUGGUGGCAUACCACUUGAAAUUGGAGACUUAGUUCAACUCCAAUUACUUGAUCUUUCUUCUAAUCGCUUGGUAGGGGAGGUUCCUAAGGAAUUUGGAAAGUUGACUUCCAUGUUGAAGCUCUGCUUUAAUGGCAAUAAACUUUAUGGUGGUUUACCCUUGGAGCUUGGGUCAUUAAUAAAUCUCGAGUAUCUAGAUCUAUCUGCUAAUAGGUUUGGCAAAUCAAUCCCGAGAGAUAUAGGGAGCCUUUUGAAACUGCAUUACUUGAAUAUGAGCAACAAUGAGUUCAUCCUCAACAUUCCAAUUCAAAUGUGUGAAUUAACUCAUUUGUCCCAGCUAGAUUUGAGCCUUAACUCACUUGAAGGAGAGAUACCUUCACAAAUCAAAAAUAUGCAAAGCUUGGAGCUAUUCAAUUUAUCUCACAAUAAUUUCUCAGGUUUUAUUCCAGCUGCUUUUGAAAAGAUGCGUGGCUUGUCAUUUGUCGACAUAUCCUACAAUGAGUUGGAGGGUCCUCUUCCGAAUAGCCGAGCAUUUCAAGAUGCUCACAUUGAAGCACUACAAGGUAAUAAAGGAAUAUGUGGAAAUGUUAUGGGAUUGCAACCCUGUGAGGUAGAACAUAUUUCAAAGAAGGGACUGAAAUUCAUUUCCCCUCUCUUGGGAACACUUUCACUUGUAUUGGCAUUGUUGGGAAUUUACUUCACUUUAAAAGGAAAAAGGCGAAAUCCACAGACAAAGCCAACAAAAGACAUGGACAAGGAAGAAGUUUUUACGCUAUCAACUUUUGAUGGAAGAAAAUUGUACCAAGAAAUUAUUGACGCAACCCAGGGUUUUGAUGCUAAUUUUUGCAUUGGGGAGGGAGGAUAUGGAACCGUCUAUAAAGCCAAGCUAAUAUCAGGAGACAUAGUUGCAGUGAAGAAACUUAGAUCUUUGCAUGACAGUGAGACUUCACCACAAAAAGAGUUCUUAAAUGAGAUCAACACAUUAUUAGAAAUCCGACAUCGAAAUAUUGUAAAAUUGCAUGGCUUUUGUUCACAUUCACAAUUCUCAAUUUUGAUUUACGAGUACCUUGAAAAGGGUAACUUGGCCUCAAUUUUGAGCAAUGAUGGAGGAGCUAAAGAAUUGGAUUGGAAUAAGAGGGUGAAUAUCGUCAAGGGUGUGGCUCACGCGUUGUCUUACUUGCACCAUGAUUGCUCUCCGCCAAUUGUUCAUAGGGACAUAUCAAGCAAAAAUGUUUUGCUAGAUUCAGAGUACGAGGCUCAUGUUUCAGACUUUGGCACUGCUAAGAUUCUUAACCAAGACUCAUCCAAUUGGACUUCACUUGUCGGCACAUAUGGAUAUGUUGCACCAGAGCUUGCUUAUACGAUGAAGAUAACUGAGAAAAGCGACAUGUUUAGCUUUGGAGUUUUGGCUAUUGAAGUGAUCAAAGGUAUUAUCAAGUUGAAGUGCACUUUCCUGGAGCUAUCACAGUCUGACUAGGACAAGCAAUGAUAUGAAAUAAGACACUAUAUUCUGUCAAAUUCAUGUUACUGAAGGAAGUUGUUUGCUUAAGAUUAUGUAAUGCCUAGAGUACUACUAGAUGUUCAAUUUCAAGUGUUAAUAAU